AUGUCAUUCAAGGUCCCAGACUCGGAUCCACUUACCCCAGAGAAGUCCAAGUCUCAAAGCCUAUGGAGUAACAUCUCCACCACCCCAAUCGGCCCUCCUCCCUCGUCCGCGAACUCGUUUACACCUCGAGACCGUCUCCAGUCCAAUAUCUUCGAUAAGUCUCAGUUCGGAGAAUCGAGGAAUGGGCAUGGCGAUUCUCUCUUCACCAAGUCUGGUGGUUUCAACACUAAUGACAGUAUCUUCGGUUCAUCCUUUGGUUCGACCGACUUCUCAAUGCCCCAAAAGACGCAGGCGCCUCCUACGAAUUUGCCAGCGCCGUCGCUUUUUGGAGGCCUCCACAAUAAAAAUCUAGCAGAUGCACCGUCCAAAAGCUUUGGCGAUUCUAACGGGUUCAAUUUAUCUGCGAUGACUGACUACCGGGGUCAGUAUCAGGACAUGGAACAGGAAUUGGAACCCGAGGAAGAAGAAGAAGUAAUGGAGGACAUCGAAGAAGAUCAGGAAGAAGAUGAGGAAGGUGAUCUAAACCUAGGGCCCCGCGCGCCAUCCAAUCCUAUCUUCCUUGACUCUACCUUUGGAAACCUGCCUAAACCUCAACCGUCCAUUCCGGCACAGCGCAAGGCUAUCUAUUCGAACCCCACUGACGCCAAACGCCCAAAAAUUAAUGAGCUUUGGGCUCAGCAAUCCCCCUUCCACAAAACGAAACUACCACCCAAGAAGACGUCAGCAAUGCCCGCAAUUUUGCACACCCUCGCUUCAAGAAGUACAAGCAUCGCACAUGUUGCAGAGCCAGCCGAUAUGAUUAUCGAUACGGAGACUAUGCUUACUACCAUGUUUGAGAGACUAUCGGCGGAUGGUGAUAUGUACGAUCCCGAUUUCAGCCCUGCCGUAGCGUACGCUUCCUACAAGUUGUCUACCACAUGGUAUGCUUGCGCUACCCGCAGCGGGAUUUCCAAGCCUGCUAGCAAGGGAUCUGUAAUCGGUCCAGGAGAUCAAGCCCCAAGUCUAGUGAAGGCUAAUUUCCUCGCUUCGUUGCUUCUUUCAAUCCACCACCCUUCUCGCGCCUCUAAUGAGAUUGCGUCCAACUCAAAUCCCGUGCCCAGCAAUCUGAUCAAGGCCAUAGAUCGAGCCAGGUAUCCCACUCCAGUACCCCAGGUGCUGCUGGAUUGGAUCAACACAAAUCAUGCGACCCAGACAAAUGACUUGCAAUCGUUGAAAUACAUGGAGCCAAACCCCACUGCGUCCCCAAACUUCUGGGACAUCAUUCUCGCGGCUGUUCUGCGUGGAGAGUUUUCUGAAGUUGCUGGAAUUCUUCGUGCCGCUGAUUUCAACUAUGCUCGAUCGGCCCUUGAAGAUGGUCUGUCCCAGCCUGGAUAUCGCGGUAUUCAACUGCAAAACAUACAGAGCUGUGUGAACAAAGCUCUACAGAUUCUUGACUCUUGCCCUGGGUUCCGAGAGGAUGACUGGGAUAUUACCGGCCCUGACUGGGACAUUUACCGCAGACGGGUUCAAAGUGCGGUGAACGAUCUCGAGCAUCUUGCCGAGGGAGAAGACAAGGACCAAACAAAUGUACCCGUGCAGGACAAUCGCUUCCCGGCUGUGAAAUUUGGUGGACUGCCCACCUUUGCCCAGAAUGCGACGACGUCCUUCACUCAGAGCGCCCGCAUGGCAGAGAGCCGAGUGCCAUGGACAAUUUAUCAACAUAUUAGGUCCCUUUACCGGAUUAUCCUUGGUCACACUCCUACUAUUAAAGCCGUCGCUCAGGAUUGGGUGGAGGCCACCAUCGGUAUAACUGCUUGGUGGGACGGAGAGGAUGACGAUGGUGUUCCCGAUCUCGAUCUUCGUGCAUCGGCCAGUAACUUGAAUCACCAGUACGGCACCCGGUGGAGACGAUUUGUGGACGACAACCCGCGGGAUGCCUAUCUUCACCGCUUGGAGUUGGCGUUUAGUCAUGUUGUUAAUGAGCCAUCGGAUAAGGCUUGUUUCCGAGUGAACACCAUGAACAGCCUGGAAGUUGGUCUCGCAUCAGUCUUCGAGGGUAAUGUACAGGGCGUCUUUGAGCUACUUCAGUCAUGGUCUCUUUGUAUCGCGGCAGCUACCGCUGAAAUCGCUAGAGUUGGACGCUGGUUUCACUCGAAGAGUGGAUCUGCUCAACCGAUGCCUGGCCUGAGUGAGAAGGACCUAAUGGUUCUCUCAUACGGCCAAGAGACCCAGCCCUCCCUCAAAGAUGUCACACCCGAUGAGAUCUUAUGCAAUUAUGCCUUUGGACUCUAUUCACGAGGGAAUCUUGAAAUUUCAAACGGCCAUCGCGAAGGUUGGGAGAUGGCAUUACAAUUGCUCAGUAGACUCGAAAAUCGCCAAUUGAUGAAGACUGCUGUGGCAAGAAUUGUUGAACGAUUCCCGCUCAAUGAUGUUCACCAUGUUGACCGUCUUGUCAUUUUGUGCUCAGAAAUCGGCUUGGAGGAUGAGGGCAGAAGAAUCUCGGAAAAACUCGGUGACGAGACGGUUGCCAAUACUGAUAACUAUGGUCUCGCACUGGUGUGCUUCGCCCGCUCACAUAAUGCAGCAAAGGUCAAAUCCGUCGUGGAUCUGUUGAUUUCUUACAGUCUCGUCCACUCGCGUGCUUUCCCCGCAGAAGACAAAUUAGAUACUCAGCUUCUUGCCCUGAUCAAGGAUCCCAGGGUCUGUCUGGAAACAAUUGCGAAAGUUGACGAGGAUGCUGCUCGUAUCGUUCAGCUUUAUUUCAGUGGAUAUGCCACUCUGCGUAGAUUCUAUGAGAUCCGCGACGAAGCCGUGGACUUGAAGGAGGGCGAGCAACCGCGUUUCAAGCCUCUAGCUCGAAAGCGUGCGGCUGCUAAGACCCUCAUGGCCGUCAUCAGUAGCGCUGCCGACAAUAUAUACGGAGGACUUUUCGAUCCGGAUCGUGACUCGGCCGUGCAGGUUGAUGGAUUGAUGGCACUAUUGGGAGAAGCUAUGGUAUUCCUCAAAGGGCCCACUCCGGUCCUAUCUGUUUCUCAACAAUUCACCAUCCUUUCUGCAGUCGAGGAUCUGGAGACGGUCACUCCGCGCGUUUUUUCCCAAUGUGAAGAAUGCUUCCAUUCAACAAUUUUAUCAUUCCGAAACACGGCAGAGGGAAUUGCGCCGGCGUCUCCCCGAGCUUUACUGAAGAAGUCCGUGGCAAACUUCUCGGCAUCUACCUUUUCACUAUUCAAUCCAAAUCAGGGAUCAGGCCCGACAUCCGUCAGCAGCUCUGGAGUCCUCGUGCCUCGACCGGGUGACAAGAGUACGGACCGAGCUCGUGGAUGGGACUGGCGAGCUGACCUUGGGGAGAAAGUCACGGGCAGAGAGCUUCUCCAGAUGUUGCGUCUUGGAAUAGCCAGUGGAUUGAGCUUUGGCGCGUUGGGAUCUGUUGAUCGCAGCUGA